CUCUGUACCUGUCUGUUCAUUCUCCUACAGCUAAGUUCAGCCUCGGGACAGGGUAUCCUUUGACUCUCCUUCUUCGAAUCUUCUCUCAUUUCCAGCCCCAGUCACCAUGAGGAUCGCCGUGGACACAGUCGUCAUAGUGAUGUGUGUGAUGUUGGUGCAUUCAGACAUCCAGCCCCAGCGAGACUUCAACCUGCAGAGGUUUGCAGGGAAGUGGUACCGUGUAGGCCUGGCCUAUGACUCGCCAGGAUUUGUGCCUUACAGAGACAAACUGAGGAUAUCCAUGGGCAUGAUUACGCCACUGCCCAAUGGCAAUGUCAACCUCACCAUGUGGGCCAUUGGACCGACAGGUUGUCACAGCAAGUUGUAUCAAUACGAGAGGACCAACAUACCUGGCCAGUUCACCUACUUUAGCGCACGUCAUAACAAAGUGAAGGACAUCACAGUUGUAGAGACCAACUACACUGAAUAUGCCUUGGUCCUCAAGCACAAGAGGUUUGACAGAGAGUAUACACAGGUGGCUCUUUAUGGUCGUUCUCAAAAGGUCAAGCCGGAGAUCAUUCAGAAGUUUAAAAGCUUUGCUGCAUUGCGUGGUUUCCCGAAAGAAUCCGUUCUUAUGCCACCACCUGCAGAGAAUUGUCCACCAUCAGGGUCUGGGCGCUAGAUGCCCUGAUGAACCUGUUAGAUAAUGGUGCCAUAAAAUUGUGCCCAGUUGCUGAACCCGCUCCAGACGCACCUGUUGACAUUUUCCAAUACCUAUUUCUAUGUCAUGUAGAGUGUAUUUGCCUUAUUCAGACAUGAUUGAAUAAACUUUCAGCCUAAACA